AUGCCCCCCACUCGUCCAGGCGCCAACUCGGCCUCGUCGCCUUACCCCCCAAGCCGUCCAGGCUCGGGCAAGCCCGACGCCGGCGUCAGCUCGACCUCCAACUCGUCACUCAUCCUCAGGAAGCAGCUCCUCGGUACGUGCCUUCCCUCUGCACUCUCCUCCCAGAAACUGGUCUACGCGCAGUCCUUUUACGUGUCGUUCCAGUCAGCUGAUCAGCGCGCAGAGUUCCAGAAGAACCCCGUCGACGGCUUCAGCGCCGGCCUUGUCGACGAUGACAACAUUCUUGAGUGGAGCAUUGUGAUCAUUGGCCCUAUCGACACUCUGUACGAGGGCGCCAUCCUCAAGGCUCGCCUCAUCUUCCCUCCCGAGUACCCCCUUCUCCCUCCCAAGAUGAUCUUUGACACUGAGAUGUGGCACCCAAACAUCUACGAUAACGGCUCGCGCAAGGGCGAGGUCUGCGUCUCCAUCCUCGUGAGUAAAGCUAAGCACAAUGGGCAGCAGCUGACCGAACAGCACGCGCCUGGAGAGGACGAGUGGGGUUACGAGGACGCCGGCGAGCGCUGGCUCCCCGUUCACAGCGUCGAGAGUGUGCUCAUUUCCGUCAUUUCCCUACUCUCGGUCGACAACCCCGACCUGAACUCGCCCGCCAACGUCGACGCGGCCAAGCAGGUCCGCGAGGAUUAUGACGGAUACAAGAAGCGCGUCAAGAGGCUGGCACGCAGGUCGGCCGAGGAGGCCUGGGACUGA